AUGGAGGCUACUGAUGAGCCUGAAGUCAUCCAAGAUGACAAGGAAAUGAAGACAAUAUGCUCCGGUUUUGAGAUAUCCGAUAAUAGUGAAGGCCGCGUAGAAGAAGAAGUACUCGAUUAUUCUCAUGAGAUUCCCUCACCUGAUGAUGGAUUCCUUCAAGUUUGUAUUGCGAUAGAUCCCGAGAUGUCCGAGACUUUGCGAGAUGCUGUCUGGAAUCAACUCUUUACUAUGAGUGAGAAAGUCGAUUUGGAUGACGAAACCAUAGCUUACGUUCCCUGUGCUUUCUACUGCGUUAUGUUGGAAACGGAAAAAUUCAAUCAGCGGCCGUUCCCAUAUUCCAUGCUUAAUAUACUUAAGAUAUGUAGUGUCAGUGUGAUGGAAUUUUUUGAUAAACUUAGUCGCUGGAUUGACAUCGCUACCUCAUCAAAAAAGAUUCAAGAGCAUUCAUUCAAAAUCCAAUCCUCCCUUGCUGUUACGGUUGUGAUCUACAAGAAGCUUGUGCCUAUCUUUCGCAGUCUCUUUCGAUAUGUUCCAUCAAGUGCAAGCCAGUCAUUCGAUUCCAAUAGCUUAUUCACAUUUGUUUGGCUAAUCAUUAUAAUCAUGAAAAAAUCUUUACCUUGUGAAGACCUACUGACCUGCUUUCACAUGCUACUGUGCGUAGUAGAAUGGAUUUAUAAAGAUCUCUGCUUUCAUGACUGCGAGGAACAUAUUGAACCUGAAUCAGUUACUCAUAUGAUGGAGAACAAAGAUGGUGUACGGGUGCUUGAGGUGUUAUGUAGAUCAUUCGAUGGAGUUUUGCUUGAUGCUAAACAUUUUCGAACGCACUGGUUCAAUGUUAAGCGAGAAAAUAUCCUGCCAUCUUUGAAUCACAAAGAUCUCGAUAUAAGAAACAACUUU